UUCGCCGGACUCGACAACGAACGUAUGAAUAUAACACAAUUCUUCUGAUAGUGCUAUUGUGUACAAUUUUAUCUAAGUUGUUCGCAGAAAUAAGUGUUACAAUAGAAAGAUUAUUAUGGACGAAUCGAGAUCUGCAGUUCAGUCCUUCUACAAGGAUAAGAUCAUUUUUAUUACCGGCGCUUCCGGUUUUAUGGGCAAAGUUCUCAUUGAAAAAUUACUGUACAGCUGCUCUGAUCUCAGUAAAAUCUAUAUCCUCAUACGAGACAAGAAAGACCGCAAUUGGGAAAAUCGAUUUAAGGAUAUGUUCAACAUACCAUUAUUUCGAAGACUACAGGAACAGAAACCUCAAAUUUUUAAGAAAGUAAUACCACUAAAUGGCGAUAUAUUAUCAGAUAAUUUAGGUCUUACUACCGUACAGCGCGAGUGUUUGAUACAGGAAGUAAACGUAGUAUUUCAUUUAGCCGCAAGUCUUAGAUUGGAGGCGAAAAUGAAAGACUCUAUCAAAAUGAACACGAUGGGUACACACACAGUACUAAAGUUGGCAAAACAAAUGAAACACUUGCAAGUUUUCGUACAUUUAAGUACGGCUUAUUGUCAUGUCGAUCAAGACGAACUUGGCGAACAUAUCUACGAUUCUCCUCAUGAUCCUCAUGAUAUCAUGAGACUCGUUGAAUGGCUGGACGAAGAAGCUAUCGAUCUAAUUACACCUAAAUUAUUAGGUCCGCAUCCAAAUUGUUACACGUAUUCAAAACGACUUACGGAAACAUUGGUGGCCAAUGAAUACCCUAAUCUUCCGUGUAUUAUUGCUAGACCUUCCAUCGUAUUUCCUAUUUUAUUGGAGCCAGUCCCAGGAUGGGUUGACACUUUAAAUGGAAUUGGAGGCAUAAUUGUCGGCGCAGGCAAAGGUGUUAUUAGAUCAAUGCACUGCACACCAACUUACUAUGCCGAAAUUAUUCCAGUCGACAUUGCAAUUAAUAGUAUAAUUUUCUUAUCAUAUGUGAUUGGUACCAGCAAGAUGAAAUCAAAAAGCAUACCAGUGUACAACAUAACGCAGGGAAAUGUAAGGCCCAUUACAUGGGGUGAAAUGUUAGAGAAAGGCAGGAAAAUCAUUUAUGAUUAUCCUUUUGAAGGACAGGCUUGGUAUCCGGAUGGAGAUAUACGUACCAACAAAUAUGUGCACAACUUAUUUGUCUUUUUCUUUCACAUCAUUCCUGCGUAUUUAAUCGACUUUCUCAUGUUGAUAUUUCGACAGAAGAGAUUGUAA